CCUUUAAAAAAGUCUGUUUACCGGAGAGCUGCUUUAUUAGCUAACCAAGCUAGUUAGUGGCUCUGUUUAGCUCAUUGGUGGGCCACAAUGAAUAUGCUUCGUUUCCCAUAAUAACAUUUUCCUUCUUCGUCAUCCUUGUUGUAUUUAUUUUUUAAUCUAAAACAUUUGUCGCUGGCUGUAUUUCAAAUCCACAUGAUUCUGUGUGUCAACAUCAGUCGAGUUCAAGUGACCUGAGAUGGCAGACGAAGCUCUCUUUCAGUUCCUGCAUAACGAGGUUAUCCAAUAUGUCAACACCACAGAGAGCGGAGAAACAGAAAAUGGGCGCUGUGUUUCCAAGCUGGAGAACAUGGGAUUCCGUGUGGGACAAGGACUAAUUGAAAGGUUCACCAAAGACACAGCACGCUUUAAGGAUGAGCUGGAUGUCAUGAAAUUCAUUUGCAAAGAUUUUUGGACCUGUGUUUUUAAGAAACAGAUUGAUAACCUGAGAACCAACCAUCAGGGGAUUUACGUCCUGCAAGAUAACAAGUUUCGUCUGCUGACUCAACUGUCUGCUGGUAAACAGUAUCUGGAGAAUGCCCCAAAGUAUUUGGCAUUCACAUGUGGGCUAGUGAGAGGAGCGCUGUCUAACCUUGGAGUGAAGAGUAUUGUCACAGCUGAAGUGUCUGUCAUGCCUGCUUGUAAAUUCCAGGUCAUGAUUCAGAAGAUGUAGCACCCUCUAAAAAGAGCAAGUUCCUCAUAAUAUACGUCACCUUUUGCUGCUUUUUGAAUGUUGUUGUAUUUUUUAUUUCUGUUUUAUUAUUAUGUUUCCAGUGAAGAGGCUUGAAAAUUCCUUGCAUGCAAAGUGUAGCAUGUCAGGAGUUAGUCUUAUUAUAUUGUCAUUUUAAUUUGUACUGUAGUUUUGGUUUAUUAUAGCUUUUACACUUUAAUUGUAUCUCAAAAAUAUAAUUUCUAAAUCAUGAAUAGAAAUAAACUUUAUAAAUCAUAUUUGCACUGAAAAUUAAAUAUUUAUCGAGUUGUCAUAUUAUCCCAUGACUUUAUUUGAAGAUGUAGGGUUGUUAGUGUCAAAUAUUGAAUAACAGUUGAUGAAUUCAUAACGAAUAAAGAAUAUAAGUGUUCA